AAAGGGCUGAUUGUGUGAAACUGCUGCUCUCAGAUUCUGUCAGUACACAUGUGCUGUAAAGAGCAUAUAUGUGUUCAUGUGUGUGACCUGAUGAAUCUGCACAAAGAGCUGUCAGUCAGCGAGGCCACGCCCACGGAGCGAGCGAGUGGGCGGAGUCUCGCCUCUUCGACUCCUGGAGUUGAAUGAGUUCUUCCUCUAGAUCUCUGGGCUAGCGGAUGAUGCAGAUGCGAGGAUAAUCAGACCAUCUUCAUCAUCUUCAUCAGGAUGUCUGACUCGGAGAUGUCGGAGUUCUCGAGUAUCGUGGAGCGUCUCGAGAGAGGCGAGGUGCAGAUGAAGAGCAUCGAGCGGGAGCUGAUCUGUCCCGUCUGUAAGGAGCUCUUCUCUCAGCCGCUGGUCCUGCCCUGCCAGCACAGUGUGUGCCACCGCUGCGUCCGAGAGCUGCUCAUGCCCAACCACGACGACUCUCUGAGCACCGACGCGGGGUCCGAGAGCUCCAACCCCGGCAGCCCUCGCUCCAGGGUCCCGUCCCCGAGCAUGGAGAAGCUGGACCGGCUGCUGCGAUCAGCUUCGCUGAGGAGGUCGUUUGGAGCGAGAGGGUCCAUAUCUUCUCCUGGAUGGAGGCGCUCCUCCGUCACUCCCCGGGUCACCACCUUCCCGUGUCCCGGCUGUCAGCAUGACAUUGAUCUCGGGGAGCGAGGGAUCAGCAUGCUCUUCAGGAACUUCACUCUGGAGAGCAUCGUGGAGCGUUACCGUCAGGCGGCCCGAGCAGCCGUGGCCAUCAUGUGUAACGUCUGCAAGCCGCCCGUCCAGGAGGCCACCAAGAGCUGCAUGGACUGCAAGGCCAGCUUCUGCAACGAGUGCUUCAAGAUGAACCACCCCUGGGGAACACCCAAAGCCCAGCACGAGUACGUGGGACCCACCACCAACUUCAGACCCAAGGUGCUCAUGUGUCCUGAGCACGAGAUGGAGAAGGUGAACAUGUACUGUGAGGUGUGCCGGCGUCCCGUGUGUCAUCUGUGUAAGCUCGGCGGAUCUCACGCUAAUCACAGAGUCACCUCCAUGAGCAGCGCCUACAAGAUCCUGAAGGAGAAGCUGUCGAAGAGUAUCCAUUAUUUAAUUAGCAAAGAAGACCAAGUGAGGACACAGAUUUCUGAGCUGGAGGUGUUGAUCCGUGACACAGAGGAGAACGGGCAGCUCGCUGAAACACGCACCUGCGAACACUUCGAGCGUCUGCUGGAGACGCUUCAGGAGCGGAGGACGGAGAUGCUGCGCUCCAUCGAGCAGAGCCGGAGUCUGCGGGUGGAGCGUCUGCGGGCGCAGGUGGAGGAGUACCAGGGCAUGCUGGAGAACAGUGGCCUUGUGGGAUACGCUCAGGAGGUGCUGAAGGAGACGGAUCAGUCCUGCUUCGUCCAGACGGCCAAACUGCUGCACGUCAGGAUUCAGAAAGCCACGGAGUCGGUGAAGACGUUCCAGCCGGCCGCGGCUCCAGCGUUUGAGGAGUUUGUGCUGGACACAGGGAAGGAGGAGCUCUUCCUGAAACAGCUGAGCUUCAGCGGCGUUCCCGAGCCUCCAGUGAUCGAUCUCUCUCGCUGCCGCGUUUAUAACGAGGCUCUGAUCCACUGGCGUCUGUCUGAAGACUCUCUGCCCACCGAUCAUCACAUCGUGGAGUUCAGGAAGCUGGGAUCUGAGGAAGAGGAGGAGUCCAGCUGGAGCGCAUCGGAGCCUGUGUUCGGCUGCAGCACGGUGCUGUGUGACCUCACAUCAGACUCCAGCUACACCUUCAGAGUCAGGAGCUGCAGGAACAGAGUCUACAGCCCCUACAGCCCCGAGGUGACCCUCCACACGCCUCCAGCGCCCGUGUUUGGCUUCCUGUUUAACGAGAAGUGUGGCUUCAGUGCGGAGCGUCUGCAGCUGAGCAAGCGCAGGGACUCUGUGGAGAGCGUGGCGGGGAUGAGCUUGCUCUUAUCUGCGGAGCGCGUGCAGACGGGGAGCUACAUCUGUCUCGACUACAUCAUCGGAGACACGGGCAUCUCUCACGGACGCCAUUACUGGGCUUUCCGUGUGCAGCCCGACUCAUACAUGAUCAAAGUGGGCGUGGCUUCUGACUCCAAACUAACAGAGUGGUUUCACAACCCUCGAGACACCAGCAGCCCCCGGUACGACCAGGACAGCGGUCACGACAGCGGCAGCGAGGACACGUGUUUCGAGGUCUCUCUGCCCUUCACACUGGUCGCUGUGGGCAUGGGUCGGCUCUUCAUCCCCAAAGCGUCCACCGCCGCCGGAGACCACAGCAGCCGAGUCCUGCCCAUGCCACAGAGGAUCGGAGUCUGUCUGGACUAUGACGCGGGUCGCGUGUUCUUCUACGACGCAGACUCCAUGCGCUGUCUGUACGAGCGAGCGGUGGACUGCUCCGGGACCAUGUUCCCUGCGUUCGGGCUCCUGGGCGGCGGAGCGGUUCAUCUGGAGGAGUUCAUCACGGCCAAGCGUCUGUCCUACAUGUGAGGUGUCUGUUAGAUCUGUCUCGUUCUCUCGAGCUCCUCGCCGUGUGGCUCACAAGUGUGCUCUCGAGUGCCUUCAGCCGACCGUCAGUUCACAUCAGGGUUCACAUUACUUCACCAGAAUCUAAUGCAAAGCCUCACGACGUCACUUCACUCUCUGAAGAAUGGGCACUGAUACUGUUAAUUACUUCUCAUCGUUUAUAUGCAGUUAAAUGAGCUUUAAAAACAACUAACAUCAUGAUCUGAUCACUACAGAACACAAGUGAGCACUAAUCAGUUCUUUAUUGUAGCAGCACCUGCUAAACAAGAAAUGUUUCCAAGUAAAUAUGUGCUAGAUGUUUUUUUUGUAAUCGAGUUAAACACUUUAAUGAAAUGUAGCAUCUGAAUCAAAGCGGUGCUGAUCACGAGACAGACCUGAACACCUUAAAUCUACAGAUGCACUGUUAUAGUCUUGACACGGCCUUACUGAGCAAUCACCGCUUCAUUAACCAGAGACGACUGGCACUAACUACCUCUGACGAUCCCUUAUUCUGCUCUUGUGCUUGUAUCGCUUAGAAACAUGACCACAUCUUCAAGUCAGAGCAUCCUGCUUCCUGAUCACGUCUUAUUCUGUGGAGUAUUGCUCUUUUUAUCCUUUUCGGCAAAACCUCACACUAAUCGAAUGUUUUCAACAAUGUGACUGCAGAAAAGGAGACUCUGAAUGCUUUAAACUAUCAGAUUGAGCUUUUAAUGUUAGUGUUCAUCUGAAUAAGUGUGUGUGUGUGUGUGUGAGACCAGUGGACUGAAGAACUGAGAGCAGUGUGUGUGUGUGUGUGUGUGUGUGUGAGACCAGUGGACUGAAGGACUGAGAACAGUGUGUGUUGCGGUGGAUGGGGAAUAAUGAAGAGUGAUCACAGAAUGUGUUUUGGGAGCUUGUAACCUAAUGUUGUGCUGUAUCUUGUGCGUGUUAAACAGGGUUUGUGAUCGUUCGGUAGUAAUGUGUGGUACUGAUCUUCUGAAUCCUGCUGAUGUUGUUUAAAGCAUGUGUGAGUGUGAUCUAUCACUUUAACGGAUGUGACCAGUGUCUAUCUGUCACCGGCAUGGGUUUAUUUUGAAUGCACUAUAUGGGUUUUUGUAGAAAAAUAAAUGAAUGUCCUUUUAGCUGUC